UUAUUUUCAUUAGCUAUCAAUCUGGUAAGUGAGGUGCCCAUAACCCCGAUUUCUCAUUGCACCAACGUCGACGUAUCAUGGACUCACAGUAUUCUCAAUUCAGCCAACAGCAACAGGCUUAUGAUGUUAAUCCUUACCACCAGCCUUACCAAGGCCCCAUGUAUCCUUUGCCCGGAUCUUCGUCGAACCACAGCGCACCUGUUCCAGCGAAUGCGUACGAAUAUGAUGUCGGCAUACUUGCGCAACAGAGUGUCUAUGUUCCCGGGGCUAUGAUCGACAAGCGUGGAGGCGCUGGUGGGAAACUUGCAAAGGGCGGAAAGCGCACCACCGUGCUCCGUAAGGGUGGUGGAAAGGUCUGGGAAGAUCAGACUCUUCUAGAAUGGAAUCCAUCUUGGUUCCGCUUGUUCGUAGGAGAUCUUAGCAACGAUGUCUCCGAUGAUGUCCUCGCAAACGCCUUUAAUCGAUACACAUCUUUCCAGAAGGCCCGUGUCAUACGUGACAGGUUGAGCCAGAAGGCAAAAUAUGGUUUUGUCGCCUUUUCAGAUCCAGAAGAUUUCCUCAAAGCUUGGAAAGAGAUGGAUGGUAAAUAUGUAGGUAACCGUCCAGUCAAGCUCAAGAAGGCGGAUGAUACUGCUAUCCGACCUGUAGAGAUAGGACACCGAAAGGCUAGACAGCUCGAAAAGGACUUGAAGAAGAAUAGAGGCAAGCCUUACUAAUCGAUCGCUGCCCUCACCACUGCGUUUGGACGACGUGGCUGGUCUGCGAAGACAUUG